AUGUCGACGGAACCAGCCCACGAACUCGGCAACAUGGCUUCAGCCAAGGCCACGACCUCGCCGCCUAUUGUAGAUGAAGUUUCCAGCAGUGGCUACACCGAUGAUCAGCAACUCGCGCGGCUGGGUAAGAAGCCUGUCCUCAAGCGCAACUUUGGCUUCAUGUCCAUCCUGGGCUUCAGCUGCACCAUCCUUAUUACCUGGGAAGCGACGCUCGUCCUCUCCACGCCAGGCUUGGCCAAUGGCGGUCCCGCAGGCGUCAUCUACGGCUACAUCAUCGUCUGGCUCGGCAACAUCUCCGUCUUCACGACGCUCUCAGAACUGGUCUCUAUGGCGCCCACAUCCGGCGGCCAAUACCACUGGGCGGCCAUGCUGGCGCCUCGCUCGUGUGCCAAGUUCCUUAGCUACUUGACGGGGUGGCUCACUGUCGGCGGAUGGCAGGGCUCUGUGGCCUCAAGCGGCUUCCUGACAGGCAACAUGCUCCGGGGCAUGAUCACCAUGACGGCCACAUACUAUGACUACACGCCGGAGCCGUGGCACGGCACCCUGCUCUACUGGGCUGUCAUCCUGUUCGCCGUCUUCAUCAACGCCGUCGUGUCCUCGGCGCUGCCCAAGUUCGAGGGCCUGAUUCUGGUCCUGCACGUCCUGGGCUUCUUUGCUAUUCUCAUCCCGCUCGUCAUCCUGUCGCCCCAUGGAGAUGCCGACGCCAUCUUCACCGGCUUCCUGAACUCGGGUAACUGGCCUACGCAGGGCUUGUCCUUCAUGGUCGGCAUGAUUGGCAACGUCUUUGCCUUUGUCGGCACCGACGCCGCCUUCCACAUGGCCGAGGAAACGCACAACCCGUCUGUUGUGGUGCCCAAGUCCAUCCUCAUCAGUAUGCUCAUCAACGGCACAACCGGCUUUGCCAUGACUGUUGCUGUGCUGUUCUGCCUGGGCGACGACAUUGACUCUCUUCUCAACUCCGUCACCGGCUUCCCGCACAUGCAAAUCUUCCUGAACUCGACCGGCAGCAUCUCCGGUGCCACCGCCAUGGCAGCUAUCAUCACUGCUCUUGGUAUCUGCGCAACUGUAGGCAUGCUGGCUUCCACCUCUCGCGUCUUCUGGUCAUUUGCUCGUGAUCGUGGUCUUCCGUUCUGGCGUACAUUAUCCAAGGUUGACUCCCGCACCACGGUUCCUCUGUAUGCCAUCGCCGUCACAACCAUCAUCUCCUGCUUGCUCGCCCUUAUCCAGCUUGGCUCCGUCACCGCCUUCAACAGCAUAGUUUCCAUCUCCGUCUCCGGCCUCUACUCAUCCUACCUCAUCGUCGCCGUGCUCCUCCUCUACCGCCGCUGCACUUCUGGCUUCAAGAUGCCCGACCCGUCAGAACUGCCUGCUCUCGCCAACACCUCUGGCUCCGAGCUUGUCUGGGGACCCUGGCACAUUCCCGGCGCUCUGGGAAUUGCUAACAAUGCUUUCGCCUGCCUCUAUCUCAUUAUUAUUUGGUUCUUCAGCUUCUGGCCGCCUGCUCUGCCUGUCAGCCCUGAUAACAUGAACUAUGCGCCGCUCAUGACUGGCGCAAUGGUGUUGUUCAGCAUCGUGUACUACUUUGUCUGGGCGAACAAAGAGUACGAAGGCCCUAUUAUUGAGAUUGACAUUUAA